CUAUAGCAUUUUAAAAAUGAUUUGAAAAGGCAUCGGCUUUGCCGUAGCCAAGCUUCCAUCUCUGCCUUCGCCCCACCUUCUUCCCUGCCUCUAACUCCAACCGGCCGAACUCUCAACUGCUCUCCAAACACUAAACCUAGACCCGUUCAAGUCCCCACGCUGCACUUCUCCACUCAUUCAUGCGAUCGUGAUGAAUCUGUGGAUGGACGACAACGCAUCCAUGAUGGAGGCCUUUAUGCCCACGAACGACCUCCACAGCCUCAGCUGGACGCCGAUGCCAGCGCCGGCACCGACGCCGGCGUAUUUUACUCAGGAAACACUGCAGCAAAAGCUGCAAAUUUUGAUGGAAGGAGCAAAGGAAAGCUGGGCAUACGCAAUUUUCUGGCAAUCCUCCUUGGACGUUGGCUCCGGCGCUACGCUUCUUGGAUGGGGUGAUGGGUAUUACAAGGGCGGUGAAGAUGACAAGAGGAAGCGGAAGGCUAACACGGCGGCGUCAGCUGCAGAGCAGGAGCACCGGAAACGUGUACUCCGCGAGCUGAAUUCUCUGAUCUCCGGCGGCGCUACAGGGUUUUCCAUGGAGGAUGCAGUGGAAGAGGAGGUUACUGAUAGCGAGUGGUUUUUCCUUGUAUCCAUGACGCAGUCUUUUGUAAAUGGUGCUGGCAUCCCUGGGCAGGUUUUCUACUCUGGCUCCCCUUCCUGGAUCGCCGGCAGUGAUCGGCUCGCCGUAGCGCACUGUGAACGUGCGCAGCAGGCGUACACAUUCGGGAUCCAGACGAUGGUUUGCGUUCCGGUAGCAAACGGCGUCGUCGAGCUCGGAUCGACGGAGAUUAUCUUGCAUAGCGCCGAGAUCAUGAGCAAGGUCAAGAUUGUGUUCAGUUUCAACAGUUUUGAAAAUUCAGCCGCCGCUUCAUCUGUCGGCACGGGUUCAUGGCUGCCUUUGCAGCCUUUCCCGCAUGUGGCAACCGGACUUGGCGAGGCCGAUCCAUCGACGUGGAUCUCAGAUCCGUCAGUUGUAGAAAUCAACGAUUCGGUUUCCCCUGCUACAGUCGAGAUCGCUGCUUCAAAAUCCCCAAUAAUGGAUAACCCUAGCACAAGCAGCCUGACGGAAAACCAGAAUUUGAUUCAAAUCCAACAUCCGCAACAAAACCACCGGCAAUCAAUGAAUCUGCAGCAGCCCCGUCGUCAAUCCUUAUACAGCAAUGAAUUCAGUUUCUCAGAUUUUGGACUAAACAGCGCCAUCUCCUCCCAACCCUUCAAAGUAGAAUCCGGCGUCCUCAAUUCAGAGGAAAGGGAAAGGAUUAGGAAUUCAACCUCGUCGGGCCUCUUUCCCCAUCAACAUAUCACAGAUGACAAAAAUAAGAAAUCUGCCGCUGCCACUACGUCCAGAGGAAGCAAUGAAGAGGGCAUGCUCUCCUUCUCCGAUGGCCAGGUUAAACCCAACACUACUCCCGCCGCCGGCGCAGGCGAAUCCGAGCACUCCGAUCUAGAGGCUUCCGUCCGCGAGGCGGAGAGCAGCAGGGUUGUGGAACCCGAAAAGCCGCGGCCGCGGAAGCGCGGACGCAAGCCGGCCAACGGGCGGGAGGAGCCUCUCAACCACGUGGAAGCAGAGCGCAUGCGUCGGGAGAAGCUGAACCAGAGAUUUUACGCUCUGCGCGCAGUGGUUCCCAAUGUUUCGAAGAUGGAUAAAGCGUCGCUGCUCGGCGACGCGAUCUCGUACAUCAACGAGAUGCAGUCGAAGGUGGAAGCUCUCGAGAGCGAGAAAGAGGGCUUAGAAUCUCAACUCGAAACACUCAAGUCUCAACCCCUAAUGCCGCCGACGCCGGCGGCGGCGGCGGCGGCUGAACAAUGCAUUAAGGUGAUGAAUAUUAACGGUUCAGGCGGCGUGGAGAUCGAGGUGAAGAAGCUCGGCGUAGAGGCAAUGAUACGGGUUCAAUGCUCGCGCCGGCACCACCCGGCGGCGAGCUUGAUGGCAGCUCUUAAGGACCUAGAACUUGAAGUAUACUAUGCCAGCGUUUCGGUGGUUAAGGAGCUCAUGGUCCUGCAAGUAACGGUGAGGAUGAUGAGCCAUGGUUAUACGCAGGAGCAGCUCAGCUCCCUUCUUUUCUCCCGCCUUUCGGAGCUUUCCCGCCGUUAGACAGUAGAUCAAGCUACCGAAUACCGUAGCUCUGUAAUGAACAGUUGGAUCUUUGCUAUACCUUGCCAUGU